AUGCCGCCAAAAGAACUGGAAAAUAGUAAUAGCCGGGAGGUUCAAUACGAUGCCUCCGGAAACAAGAUCAAUCCUUUCAUUCCUCAGUUCAUCUCCAACGCGCCAUGGUACAUGGACCAGGAUAAUACCGACGAUCCGGACGACUAUUUGAGGCACCAGAGGCUCGAUCCGGCUUUGCCGGUGGUCUCUCAUACCGAGCCUGUAGCAGGUAAAGGGAUUGUGGAGGAAGUGGUCCAGCACGUGCCCGCGGAGGUUAUUGUCAAAAAGUUUCCCAAGGGUUCGUGCAGCAACUGUGGUAGUAUGAAGCACAAGCGCAUGGACUGCCUCGAGCGCCCAAGAAAACAGCAGAAUUCGUCCACGGUGAGGCGAGCUGCCCCGCAUAUCUCGGUGAAGAGAAACGAGGACUACGACUCUAAGCGAGACCGCUGGUUUGGCUACGAUACCCAGGAUUGGGACGACAGGGCCAAGGUCUGGGAGGACAAGGAACUAGCCAAGGUGAGGCAGGAGAUUGCAGACAGAGUCAAGCUAGAGGAAGAGAAGUUCAGGAAAGCAAGUGCCACCUUUGACGAUUUCAGCUUGGAGAUGGCGGAGUUGGGGUUAAUUGACGACUUCCAGGUGGGCACCACCUACAGCACAGGUGCAACAGAUGAUACUCCCACAGAGCGAGCCAAGAAGACGAUCCGUGACCGCUACGACCAGCCAAGUUAUUUAUCCAACUUGGAAGACCCCUUGAGUUAUGAUCCCAAGUCCAGAAUCACUAUUGACAAGAACAAGGGCUUCAUUAACGACCGUAGCCAGUUUGUCAAGUAUCUCACGGGUGAGGCCGCUGAGUACGAGAGAACCAAACACUUUGCGUGGGAGAAGGACAAGCGACAGAGCAAACAACAGCAUCUUGAGCAAACGGCCGCUGCCUUUAUCGGAGGACUGGAAGACCCUGACGGCCCACAGGUCCCGGUGGCGGAUAUUAAUUUAAACCCAGAAGCUAGUCCUACCGCUGUCUUAUUAGCUGCCAAAAAGGCCCAGGAGGAGAAAGAACGGGUGAGACAGGAAAAGAAGCGGAAACUAUUGGAGAUGUAUGGAGGAGGGAAGCAUAUGAAGUAG